ACCAACCGGGCGGCGCCUGGUGCGCCAGUUGCCCCAGCCCUCUCCUCGCGCUCUGGGGCUCGUAGCCUGAACUUGAACACGGCGCAAGAGCGACCAGGACGGCGGCGUGGACAGCGGGACCCACUCAAGCCCGACCCCCCUCGGACACGUUAAACCUCAUUAAGCGGCCGGAGCUUCAGGCGGGGGACGCGAGGCGAAAGGAGCGCAGCCUUUUGUAGCGAACAGGAUGUCCCGACGCAAGCUGGGCAGCCGACCGCAGCACCUGAGUGCGAUUCAAGAUGCCCCCGAGCCUAAGGUCGUCAGCAGCAAAGUGCUGCUCGAGAGGAUGUCGCAGUCGGAAGUUGGGGGUCGCGACCUCCUUACCUGUGGCCAGUGCGGCCAGGCCUUCCCUCUUGCCCAUAUCCUCACCUUCAUCCAGCACAAGCAGGGGGGCUGUGGACCAGGGAGGGUCUGCCAGAGUCAGACAGGACUCCAGAGCCACACCCCGCCCUCCCCGGCCAGUCGUAUGCUGCGACGCGGCCCCGCGGCGGCCAGAUCGAGAAUUGAGUCGGGUUACGUGGAGUUGAAAAGGGCCACGGACCAAGUCCAGGGGGAGGAAUCCAACGUGAAAGCCGAACCGGGCGUAACAGACGAGGAGCCGUCCAGCUUCACCUGCCAGGUGUGUGAGGGUGUGCUUCCCAGCGCCUGGGCCCUCCUGCAGCAUGUACAGCAUAGCCAUGGUUUCAGCAUCUACCAGGAGGAGGGAGCUGACUGGCAGCCACCUAUACAGCCCGCCACGUUGGAGCCCCGCCACCUGAGCUCCACCCUUACAACUGCAUUCCCUCCCGCUUCCCUGCGCCUGUCCAGAUCGCGCCUCCCCGCCAACUCCGGGGCAACUCAUUCCCCGUCUGCCUCCCAGGAACUGCAGGCUCUCAACUUCUCGGUGCGUCUACGGGAGCUGGCCGAGGUCACUGCUGGCGGCGUGGUUCUUUCUCCUUCCCCUCCGCCCGCUGCCUCGCCCUUUCCGCAUUCUGCUCCUCACCAGACUCUUUUCGCCUGCGAGCUGUGCGGCCAGCGGUUCCAGUCGCUGCGCAGCCUGUCAGCGCAUCGCCGCACCCAUGCAAGCGAGAGGCCCUACUGCUGCGGCCUGUGCGAACAGGCCUUUGCCCAGAGCGGUGAGCUGGCGCGCCACAUGAGGAGUCAUCGUCAGGGAAGUGCCUGGUCAGGGCACGAGGGAGAUGAGGCAGCUGGGGAGGACGGGGAGCUGAGGAUGAAGGGUCAGGAGCCGCCCGCCGACGCCUCUGUCAUCGCGGAAAGGGACGCUCCUGAACUCCGCCAUUCGAAGCACGCGAAGGUUGCGGCAGGUUCGGAGGCCGUCAGAGUCCCACGCCGAAGCGGCCUGCUCAACUUGUUCCAGCCGCAGGGCGAGGCCGCGGACGGCGAGAGCGAGGGUCCCGGGGAGCCCCUGCAGGCCUCCCCGUGCGGCAGCAGUCCGUCCGAGGGCUCUCUGGAGAGCGGCGAGACGGGAGGAAGCGGGGAGAGCGGCAUCGCCAGCGGCGACUGCACUCCCAAACGCCAGGAGCGGGACGAGAGGCCCAGAGAGUGGGAAAGUGAGUGGCGGGCCACCCCAGCCACCAUGGUGCAGGAGUGGCAGCAGGAGAGCGAGCAAACGCGAGGCACCGGAGGAGUAGGUGGACGCAAGAAACGGGAGGAGGCCUGCGAGUACUGCGGUAAGCGUUUCCGUAACAGCAGCAACCUGACGGUGCAUCGGCGCAGCCACACGGGUGAGCGGCCCUACCACUGCGGCCUCUGCAGCUACGCCUGCGCUCAGAGUAGCAAGCUAACGCGCCACAUGAAGACGCACGGGGCCCGGGGCACGCGGGCCCCAUUCUUCUGCCAGCUCUGCAGCGUGCCUUUCACGGUGUACGCUACGCUGGAGAAACACCUCAAGAAGGUGCACGGCCUCAGCCACGCUGAUGUCGGCACCCACGGGCCUGCCGUCAAGCCUGAUGGCGAUGCCGCCUUGGAGGCCAGCAUCGCCGCCUGCUCCGAAAUGAGCCUGAUCUCCGAUGACUACACCGAGGCCGGCAGCGACCUUGAUCUCCGCAGCGAACCGAACGCUACCUCAGCCGCCACCGAUGUCGCCGUGGAGCACAGCACGGCGUCUGCCUAAAUUGCACUGUCGCAUCCCGCAAACGAUGAAAACAAAGCGCGCCGUUUUCAUAUUCUCCUGUGGCAAUGAUGUUCUUAUCGGUCACGGCAGAAAUAAAGAAAAGGCCACCAGUGGACAAAUAACCAUCAAGCACUCAGCUAAAAUGCAAAGCACUCUAGUUGCGGGCAGCUGACUGUACUGCGGUACCAGGGUGUACAGAUGCCAUUGUACUGCUGAUACUACUGCCCUUUUCUUGAUGACAAUCUCAACACCGGUACCCAGUUGGCCCACAGCGUUGCCCAGAAGAUGGUGAGAUCAGCGAGAUGCUACCCCAUGUACAAAGCACCACACGAAGGUGACCGCAGACGGUGCCCAAACCUCUGCUGAUGCCCACCCGAGUUUGGUGGACGGUUCUUCCUCCGGCAAUCGAGUUUGGGAGCAAGCGGAGCUGCUCGAUUUGGAGCGCGGGUGGAAAAGGGGCCCAAACUGGACUCGCAAGCAUUCGUUUCCACUGGAAAAAGGUGGGAAGUGAGAAGCCCUUUACGAAGACGAGCCGAGAUGAGAUUACUGAAGUGUGCGCGUGUGUAUAUACGUUUUGGUUUGUUUUGUUUUUUUUUUUUUUUUCCUUUUUUUCUCCUUCUUUUCCUAUCAGUCCCCCUCUCAGAGGAAACGGGGGCAUUCGGCAUCUCUGGAACAUGGUUGUGGAACUUGGGCUCUUCUACCCUCAGCGAGCGAAACUGUGCUUCUGGGACAGAAAUGAAGAGAACUUCCGAACGUCUGUGUGUAGCAUUUCACAACCGGGUGGCUGUGGGUUUACAAACACAGUGGACUUUGAAAGUUUUUUUGGGACAUGCUCUUAUAUUGGUGUUUUACGCCGUUUCCUUUCGUGUUCUUCUGCUUGUCUCCUGUUGACUUUCUAUGCAUCGAAAAAUUGCUGUGUUUUGUACUGUCCUCAAACAAAAAAAACGGGUGUAUUUUGUACUUCAUAAGGCUUUUAGGUGUAUGUAUGUACUGAACUGCUUUGAGCCCUUAUGCAUGUUUUGCUGCCAGAAGUCUAUUAAUAAUAUAUAUAUUUUUUUUCUUAAAAUAUGAAUUUGUACUCAAAUGGGCACAUGGGGCGGACGGUAGGAAACUGAUCAAAGUGCUGAACUGCUGUGAAAAUAGGGGCUUGUCAUAUUUACUCGUUGUUAGGAAGCGAUGGAAGCUUGCUGGAUGCAUUGGGUAAGUGCUUCUCUGUGUCUGUCCAGUACGGCGUGUAUGUAGGGACUUUUGUACAUUUCGUUUUCACUCCUAGCAAAUGAAAAUAAUUAAUGUUUGUACUCUAAUGGCAGGGAAACAUUUUUCUGAUCCCACAUUUGGGGUGGAAUUUUGCAAGUGUGUGCAUGUGAAAGGCUAUGUGAUUACUGAACUGAAAAAUGUUUUUAUUCAGGGACCAGUGCACUGCAGAUUGCCAACACAUGGAAAGUCGUCCUAGUCGUUGUGCUCGUCGUCGUUGUUGUUCCUCUCCUGGGUCUGUCUGCUGCGCUCUCCUGUCCAUCUCUCAGCAUCUGCUUCGCUCCCUUUUUUCACCUCUCCGUGCAGGGCAGGGCUUCGGGCCAUUUUCCAUUGUAAACUGCCUCUAUAUUGUUAGUGUUCUAAACAUGACCAGGAUUAUUAAAAAAAGAAAACUGAACAAAGGGAAAUGUGCUGUCUUUUUGUUGUGUGGCGCAGGACGGUGAGUCGAGGCGAGCCGCAACUUGUUUGGACACUCGUUCGGAUAACAGGGGCCGUUGACGACUUAUGUUUACUCGCAGGCUGUAAUUGUCUUUCAGAUGAUAAAUAUUUAAUGUCACUUCCACUGUCAAAGGGAUUCUGCCCGUACGCAGAGGUCUUUCUGAUCAUUUCCAGUCCCAAGAAAAGUGUGAACUGUGACACCCACCCAUUCCUUUAC